CCCCAAUCACCACUGCACACGCACCGUGAUUCCACCACCUUCGCCGCUUUCUUCUCCCAAUUUCAUUCCCACACCCGAUCGCCUUUCUUCAUUUUCUUCCCUUCUUCUCCAAAUUCACGCAUAUUCACCCUUCUUUGGAUGGAUAAUUUAUAUCCUGCGAACAUUAAUAAUUCCAUUUCACCUAUGUUGGUUUGGUUGGUGGAUCUGCAAUGAGGUUGUUAGUUGUUAUUUACACUGCUGGACAGCAACAUUCGCAAAUUAGAACGGGCCUUUUGGAGUUUUGGGUGAAUCUUGGGUAUGUACACAGGACAUGAAGCAUUUUUUGCCUUGCCUUGAGUGUUGGGAAGACAAGUGUAAAGGCAGAAAGCUCGUUAAAUCUUCAAAAGAUUUCUCAUUCAAGGAGUGGUGUUACAAUGUCGGCUUCUAAAGAAAUGAUGAAAUUCAAAUCUUACCAGAACCGGGCUAAUGUGUUCGUGAAGGAAUAUUUGUUAGCAGAUCCUCUGAUUCCAUAUACUUCUAUUGUUGGUGGUAUUUUUGCUUGCAAGAUGGUCUAUGAUCUUACUCAGCUUUUUAGCGCUGUUCACUUUAAGAGUUAUUCCAGCCUCACUAGAAUCCAACGUGUUGAGUGGAAUAAUCGUGCUAUGUCAACAAUUCAUGCUCUUUUCAUAACAACUAUGUCGUUGUAUUUGGUGUUUUGCUCAAAUCUAUUUUCUGACAACCAGUCAUCUGAACUUAUUACAUUUCAAAGCUCUUCAUUGUCUACAUUUGCUCUGGGGGUUUCUGUUGGUUACUUCAUUGCUGACCUUGGGAUGAUAAUUUGGUUUUUUCCUUCUCUUGGUGGAUAUGAGUAUGUGAUUCAUCAUUUGCUUUCUUUAGUAGCAGUGGCCUUUUCAAUGUUGAGUGGGGAGGGUCAGCUAUAUACAUACAUGGUCCUGAUCUCUGAGACAACAACUCCUGGGAUCAAUUUGAGAUGGUAUCUUGAUGCAGCUGGAAUGAAAAAGACGAAAGCUUAUCUCAUCAACGGGGUUGUAAUAUUCAUUGCUUGGCUGGUUGCCAGAGUACUUUUGUUCGUUUACAUGUUUUAUCAUGUCUACUUGCACUAUGACCAGGUUGAGCAGAUGCACACCUUUGGGCAAGUGUUAGUUAUUGUUGUGCCGCUGGUGCUAUCAAUUAUGAACUUGGUUUGGUUUUCAAAAAUUAUUAAAGGGUUGAGGAAGACGUUGGCGAAGAGGCAGUGAGAAUUUCGCUUUGUGAUAUUUAGGAAAAUGAAAUACAGGUACAUGAUGUAACAGAACAGAAACAAUUGAACGUGUUUGGAUCCCCUGUGGAUCCGAACUUGUAUAAAAUAUGUCCAUUCUGCCUUUUUUUUUUUCUUCCCCCUAUUCAUGUACAUUUAUUAGUUUAAUUUUGAUAUGUUGUUAAAUGCAAUGUAUUUCGGUCCAUCUGUUUGACAAGAGAAAUUAUUGUAUAGUCCGAGAACACCAUAUAUUCUGAGUUCUGAA